AGUGCUCCCCUGUCCCAGAUCAAAGCGUCCGUCUGUGACUCUUCGCAGGACCCGUCCGCUAUACCCAUAAUUCCCCGCGCUGAGACAAAAUGAAGGAAUACAGCCUCUGCGGGAGAACAAUGUUUGGGCUCUAAAGAUUUAAACGGACGACCAAAGGUGAAAUAUACCAGCCGAAAGAGCUAUUGGUGGUCAUGCACUGGAUGGUUCCGGUUGGCUCCCUGUAGUUGAAUCUGCCCAUCACCACCAAGUUCAUCAUGAGCAUCAUUCAAGACAAACUAGGUAAUGACUUCCUGCGCUCCAAUGGGAGCAUGGACUCCAACUUCUCCCCUGGCAUGAUCAUGUUCAGUCACCUGCCCCCUGUGACCAGCUUCACCCGGCUGGCUGCCCAGUCUGUUAUGCAGGACCUGCCAGGCCCCCACGAGAUGAUCCUGAAGAAGGAGCGGGACUCUCCAGACUGCAGCAUGGGUGCCCUGGGGGGGUAUGGAGGGGUGGGGGACUAUGUCCAUGCCAUGGACAUCAAGCAGGAGAAGAUGACAGAACAUGACUACCGUCUGCCGCUGUACCCUGGAGGCCCGGGGAAGAGCACAGAGCUCCCGGAGGUGUCCAUGGGCAACCACCAGAACUUGCUGGUGUAUGACCUUAGCCAAGGCAACCUGCCGAGUCGGUUAGGAAAGGAGUCCUCAGGAAAGAGAGGUCGAAGGUCAAAUGGUGAGGAGGGCAAGCCCCGGAGGAAACGUGGAGAGCCUAAGCAAUCAAUGAUGCUGGAUUCAGAUGGAGGCAGCCUGUGGCCCAACGGGAAGCUCCACAUCUGUGAGCACUGCGGCGCAUCCUUCAGGAGCUCCUACCACCUGCGCAGACAUGUCCUCAUCCACACAGGUGAGAGGCCGUUCAGGUGCAGCCAGUGUAACAUGAGUUUCAUCCAGAAAUACCUGCUACAGCGGCACGAGAAGAUCCACAGCGGAGAGAAGCCUUUUUGCUGUGACCAGUGUAACAUGCGCUUCAUUCAGAAAUACCACAUGGAGAGACACAAGAGGACCCACAGUGGAGAAAAGCCAUACAGAUGUGAGACCUGCCAACAGUUUUUUUCCAGGACAGACCGAUUACUCAAGCACAAGCGAACCUGUGGAGAAGCCAUAAAGAAGGAUCUGGAGCCCGGGAUGUUGGACCUGGGCUGUGAGGACAUUGGGCAGGGCAGCUACGGAAUCACUCAGGGAAAUACUGGCGCCUCGGGCCGGAAGAGGGGCAAGUCCAAAAACUCUGGUGAGUUAGGGGAGCGCAAGAGGAAGAAAGCGGCAGGGCCGGCGGAAGCAGGAGGGCUGGGCGGAGCACACAUCCACGGGGCGCCGUCGGGAGGCUACAGUCUCCAUGACUACAGCGUGGAGAAUCACACUGUGUCCUCGUCCACUCCGCCAGGGCCCAGUAUGCACAACGAGCAUCACGGCCGAGCCCCUAAGAUGGCCUUCAAGAAGGCCAACCGCAAGGCCCUGGACCAGGGGGGCUUGGGGCAGGCCAAGCAGGGCACUAUGGAGCAGGGUGGGGCUGUGGGGAUGGUCGGGAUGGGCCUCAUGCAGGGCUCUGAGGCCAAAUCGGGUCCCACCAGCAGUAACUACGAUGACGCCAUGCAGUUCCUCAAGAAGAGGCGCUACCUUAACGCGGCCAACAGUGCAGCAUCAGGGGCCGGGGUGGCAGGGGGCAGCACCAACGAUUAUGAGGUCAGCGUUGGUCACCUGUCGUCCCAGCAGUCGGUUAUCCAGGGGGUGGUCUCAGGCGUGAUGGACGGCGACUCGCCCCUCAGUCUGCUAGACUCCUCCCCCACGGGCRUGGACAAGCACGACAGGUCGGGGAUCCCUGACGAGGUGCUGCAGAGCCUGCUGGACCACUACACCCAGAAACCAGACGGCUCGCACCACGACGUGCACUUUGACCUCAGUGACCAGCACGUGGCGCUGCACCCUGUCUCAGCAGACGGCUCUGACCUGAGCCACGAUGCAGACUCCCCCAGCCCGUCUGGAGACAAGACGGUCAUUAUGCACGAGUACUCCCGCUUCCUGCUGCAGGCCCUGGAGCGCACCAGCCACAACACAGGCUUCCCCCUGGGCCCCGGGCCUCCAGCUACAGGGCCCUUCACCAGCUCCCACCAACGCAACCCGCUCUUUUCAGACAAGCACAUGUACACUACGUCCCCUCUGGAGUGUGGCUUCGGCCAGCCUGUGGCCUCUCCCACCCUGCCCUCCUCCGUGCCAAAGUCCCACUUUGCGAUGCUGUCGGGCUCCUCUCCGCAGCACGGCUUCCACCUAAACAGCCUGGAGCCUGCCACCCACCAGCAGCUUACCCCUUCUCAGGAGCUCACUGACCAGAUGGAGAAGCAACACUCCUCCUCUUCCCCCUCCUCCUAUCAGAUCAGCCCGUCUGACCUGGGCAGCCAGAAGGACUCGCAGAACCUGGCUUCUCUGGAUCCCUCCAAGGGCUCCUACACGAUCGAGAACUUUGCCCAGGCCUUUGGAUCCCAGUUCAAGUCGGCCAGCCGCAGCGCCUUGUCGUAUGGCGCUGACUCUAGCGGGGAGGUGGACCACAGGAUAAGGACGCCAGUCUCCGAAUUCUCAGGGUAUACUAGUUUGUUAGCCGACGUCAAUGAGGCAGUAAGUACAGGUUCCAAAACCCCAACAAGCCAAAGCUACAGAUAAGGGCCUGGGAGGGGACAGCAUUCUGUUGGAGGUUCAUGUUUUGUCCAGUAUUUUUCUUUUUUUUGUGCUCCUAUUUUAUUAUUUUUAUUAAGUGAAGUUUUAAUUAUUAUUAUUACCCUGCCGCUAUGUUUAUGUGCCCCACCCCUCUCUCCAGGACUGGUCUUCAAGGCCUAUUCAAAUGCAAUUUUUUAAGAUAUAUUUUUAAAGUAAAUAUCUAUGUAUUUAGUCCGUUUUCUUCAUCUUUUUGGUGUMAUUUUUGGUCUGCUCGUUAAUCGUUAGAAUGAAAAAGUACUUUUUUUUUUAAAGCAAACAACAGAGUAGCAAUGAACUUUUCUCCCAUGAGCUUAAGGGUUUUAGCAAUCAACUUUACAAUUGUAGCUAGCAUAAUAAUGGGAAAAACAAUGAUGGGGGCAGGGAAUAGCCCAGAACUGAAAUAGCAAAAAAUAAGAAAUAAUGAUAUUGUCUGUUACAAGGAUAAAAGUAUUACUCAGGAAAAAGUGUAAACGGAGGAAAUUGUGUAGUGCAGUGAGCACUCAUUUUAGAGGUGUACAUUUGCAACUACAAAGAGGAUGCUUUGUUUGGUUAUUUCUUGUUUUAUACCUUGGUUGAUGAGUGCAACAAAUAAUGGAGGCUGCUGCCAGCUCACUUACACUGAGAACACUUUCCACUUAGCUAUAUAGAGAUUAUGGUACUUUCUUGUCAAUGUGAAACUCGUGUUUUCUUUCAAUAAGGGCCAUAUAUAUUUAUAACAAUAUAUAUUCAUGUAUAAUAACAGCUAUAAUCAUUCUGGGGAACUGCCAGGUGAGGUAGAGGAAGUGAGAGGGGUCUGGGUUUGGGGUUAAAUUGUUUUCCUCGUUAGUUUUAGGAGAACAUAGUGACGCUUUUCUUUGGCCAAUAGAGGUUGCUGUUGGACAGCUGUGGAAUUGCCUUCCUCAUCUUUCGCCCCUCUUCUUCCUCUUCAAUUCUUUACUUUCCUUAAAAGAAUCCGAUUAGCACUUUGAGCCAUUUAUUUCAUUGAAUAAACUAAACUACCCCAUAAGAUCAUGGAAGACAUUUGAAAUGAACUGACUUGCUUUCUAAAGAUUUGUAUUGAUCGGGUUGGGGUUACCACCGUAUGCAGAUGUGGGUUUGAAAGCAUCUUGAGCAAUGGGUUGUUAGGGGGGGUGGGGGCUUUGGUUGGGAUGGCAUGGGCUCGUUUGGGAGGGUAUGUGAGGGGAGGGGGUGGUUUGUGCCUGGGGAGUUUUUUUAUUAGCAUUAUCUCCUGGAUGUUAUCACGUGUAGGUCAUGGGGAGGGAGGGAUUGUUUUAUGGAAAUGUAUUAAGUUAAAUUGGGAAUAAACGUGUAAAGUAAUUCACCACUCUGUUUAGCAUCUUUGCUUUACUAUUUCAAUUUGAAGUUAAGUGUAUUAGUGGCUGAAUAUUUCUUCCCCUGUUACUGAGAGAGCCUGGAAACAUGUGAGGAAAUGAUCAUGUGACUAAAUCUAACCCAUAUACCUAUAACAAACCCAAAGCAUUAGACAUUUCUGGUGUGCUGGCACUACCACAACGGUAUUUUAUGAGGAAUGGGGUGCCUAGUCCUGCAAAAUGUUGUCUACAAAUAAAUUGUGUGCGUCCCAAAUGGCACCCUAAUAAAGUGCACAACUUUUGACCAGGGCCCAUGGAAGAAUAGGGUGCCAUUGUGGACGUACACGUUGUCUAAAUGAAAUGUACAUUUCUCUGCCUGUGUCUAAUGCUUCCUUUGAUUAUGUGAUUUAUUGCAGUCCUUCAAUGAAUCUAAUUUAUUUGAUGUACUUUUUGUAAAUCAAACAAUUGCAUUUUCUUCCAUAGCCACGACUGGCCUUUUGAGCUAGAAAUGCUAUCACCCUUUUUUCUUUCUUUUAUUUAUCGUUUUUUUCCCUGUUGCCCCUUUUUUGUCUUACAGAAUCAUGAAACAUGGCUGAAUGACUGCAAUGUUGCAAUAUCAUAGGGAACAAUGACCGACCACUACAACCAUGCUCUGUUUUUAUUGGAUAGGAGGCUGAGGGGUGAACAAUAAAGACAUUGACCUUUUA